AGUACCGGUCACGUGGGGAGGGAGUAACGGUGGCUGCGCGAGAGAGUGCGCGCGCGCGCGCGUGCGCAGAGAGCCUCACCCGCGACGGGGGUUGGAGCGGUCCCGGAGGCUCCUCUCCCUCUCCUCCCCGGCGGCCUGAGCCCCGGCUCCCGGCUCCGCCGCACCAUGCUCCAGCCCCACCCGCUCCCGUCCCGCGCUCAGUGCACCCCGCUGCUCCCGUAGGACACGCAGCGGCUUCUUCAUCACCCGCAUCAGGACCCCAUUGAAUAUUCUUCAAGUGACUUGCUGGGAAAGAUGUCCUUACCAGUAGGAAUGCAUCGUAGAGCAUUCAGUUAUGAUGACGCUUUGGAAGAUUUAUCACCAAUGACACCUCCGCCCGCUGACAUGGGAACCAAUACAUUGUGGAAACAACCUGUCAUCCGAGAGCGGAAAUAUCAACAAUUGUCUAAGGAUGACGAUGGAGAAAAUGGUGUUGUGUCUUCGGUUGUGAUUCCAUCAUCAGCUGGAAACCUGAACAAAGCCAACGUGGUGAAAGCCAAAGCAACUUCAGUCAUGAGCUCACUCAUGACAAAGCAGACACAGGAAAGCAUACAGCGGUUUGAGAAGCAAGCAGGCCUGACAGAUGCAGGUUACCAACCACAUAAAGGCUUGAUCGCAGAGGAAGCCAGUUACCACCGGGUAGGGGAAGCAUUACAGAAGUUUAAAGGCCAGAGUUUGGAUGCACCUAGAGACGAUAAGCAGAAAUCUUUAUCAGCCCAGUCAACCCCCAACGUCACUCCCCAGCCCUCACCAAUACCCAAGCGAAGACCUUUGCUUGGCCAGGGGGCUGAUUUUGCUACUAGAAGUGUGGAAGGAGAUUUCACUCGAUUUGAAGGAGGUGCAGCUGAAAGAUGCAAGUCAUUUUUACGUAGCCAGAGUCACAAAGCUGCUGAGCCAGGUGGCUUUACUCUUCAGUCGUACAAAGGCGGCCCCAAACCCUCUCCUAUGGACAUAAUGCGUACUCAGGGCAUUGCUGCCAAGAUGGCAGAAAACUAUACCAACAUCAAGCCACCCAAGAUGGACAUGCCAAUACCAGAAGGACUAAACAGGCGUCCCAAACACACUCGCAGUGUAAAUCCUAGAGAUGUGAAUGUGUUUGCUCCAACAGGAUUUUAGUGUCAUUGAGAUGUGCUGUUGGCUGUGUGCACCCACUGCUUAAGUAGCCUACAAAAGUAAUUUGUUGCUCAUCAUAUGAGACGCUGUUUGGUUGUAAUUAAUUUGACGACAAUUUGAUUUGUAGAUUUAUUUUGAUGUGGGAGGUAGGAGGAGGGGAAAUUUCAGCCUGUGUUGUUUAUGGAAUCCAAACCAGUCCUGGUAAUUGGAACCUCCCAUAAUGCAUAUUUGCACCAAAAAUGGUUUAAUAUUCUUGUAGACCUCCUUAUUUGGCUAUUCUAUACCUAACCCCACCCCCCCAGAAUUCCUCAGUAUUUUGGAGUUUUAAGACCGACUGCUAAAUAAAAUAUAGACUCGCAAAGAAACCUGAGCAUUCUAUUUAUAGUCAUUAACCAGCAUUAAAGUCGCCUUCUACGUUGCUUUGUUAGGAAAUACUAACAGCAAGAAGGUGUGACAAGAAUGUGCAUCAGUUGAUGUGAAGAUAAGAGAUAGGUUUGUACAUUAGUAUGCAAGUAUAUAACAGUGUGGUACUAGUUAGCCAUCUGUAUUUGUCUGUCUGGUAAUUGUCUAAUGUAUAUUAAAUAAACUCUUGCACAUUAUUUUGUGACAACUUCAUUUUAA